GUACUUCACUUUCACCUUCUCUUUUGCGAUUGCCCUUCCAAUCAGGUACCGUCAGGAACGCAGAGAAAUCCAUCCCGUUUCUGUAUCAACCCGGCUCCCCUUCCCAAUUCUUUCCGUUUCCAUAGGGCCAUGCUGUUCCUCCCUUGAAUUAGCAUUCCAUCUUGUUUAACUCAACAACCGAUCACUCGGCCAGAUUGCUGCUUCGGUUGAGAGGCAGGUAUGCGGCCAAUUGAAGCCGAGACUGCUCUAUUUUCUUUGGGUUUUGCAUUCUUCAGUACGAAGCGGCACCAGUGAUGUCAAGCCACUCAGCCUCUCUCCGACGUACCCAGACGGAUUUUCCCACCCAAACAUCGAGUCCACUUCGCCAUGGCUCAACCGCAUCGACAAACUCGUCUGUAUACUCGAUAUCGACUGAUUCGCUAGCUCCUAGCCGCACGAGCACAGUGUCCUCCACGGGAUCCAUGGGCUUCACACCUAGCUUUGGUCAUAAACGUGGAAAGAGUGAAGUAAACACCAUGAGUGCCGACAGAUUCAAGGCGGAUCCGAGCCGUUGGUCGAAUGCCGGGACAACAUACGAGAGCGUCCGACGCUCGCUACGACCGCUCUCUCAAGCACCAAACGCCUCCCCUCCCGCAGUUAAGCAAGUCACCUACGGCCACUCGAGAAGCCGGACGAUAGACAAUCCCCAAUUCUGGAAAGAGAAUCGCCCUCAAACCCCUGAGCGCCGCAAUGGCUAUUAUGGAGAAACUGAACCGCUGAAGGAGAUUGAGUCGCAUGGUGUGUAUGCACCUCCGUCUCCUAAGUCGCCACAUGAUCUCAGUCCUCUUGCUGUUUCGCCUCAAACGAGGUCCCCGAUCAGAACACAACAUUCUCAUAGCUUGUCCACGCCACAGCCACCUCCAUUGACCACCGCAUUGUCUACACCUGAACUCGAAACCUUCCAAAAGUCGUCAACUGGACAUCUGCGCACAUUAUCCAAGUUCGCGCAGUCGGGCGAAACGGAGGAGUUUGCCCUAGUCAGCCCUUCUGUAGUGGGCCUACUGGGACGACGGCGGUUGAAGCGUACUGAUUCAGUGGCCUGUUCGGGUAGCGCGAAUGUUAAUCGAAGAAAAAAUGCGUCAUCAUGGGCUGCCGGGAACUGGAUGGACAAGCAACGGCAAUUCUUGCAGGCCUAUGAGUAUUUAUGUCAUAUCGGAGAAGCCAAGGAGUGGAUUGAAGAAGUCAUUCACAAGCAAAUCCCGCCCAUUGUUCAACUGGAAGAAGCCCUCCGAGACGGCGUAACGCUCGCAGAAGUGGUUCAAGCAAUGUAUCCGAAUCGCACGCUACGAAUUUUCAGACACCCCAAACUGCAGUAUCGACAUUCAGAUAAUAUAGCACUAUUCUUCCGAUUCCUAGACGAAGUCGAACUACCGGAGCUUUUCAGAUUUGAGCUGAUUGAUCUAUACGAAAAGAAGAAUAUCCCCAAAGUCAUUCACUGUGUCCACGCUCUAUCGUGGUUGUUGUUCAAAAAGGGUCUUGUUGACUUCCGGAUGGGCAACCUCGUUGGUCAGCUAGAGUUCGAGCAUCACGAACUUGAACAGACGCAGAAAGGUCUCGACAAGGCAGGAGUCAGCAUGCCUAGCUUCAGCGGCAUGGCCGCGAAUUUUGGGGCCGAACCAGAACCAGAACCGGAACCCGAGCCCGAGCCUGAGGAGGAUCGAAUUGAGCGAGAGUUACAUGAAAAUGAAGCUUCGAUUGCCGACUUCCAGGCUCAGAUUAAAGGCGCUAUGCAGCGACUGAAGCUGGGAAAUCUAAUGAAUGACCUGUGGGACUUUGAACCUCUGCUUAUCGAUCUGCAGUCAAGGAUAAGAGGAGAUUGGGCCCGCCAAAUCGUCCAAUAUCGCCUAGACAUGCGUGCGUUUGCAGUAAAUCUUCAAGCAAUAUGUCGGGGUUUUAUUGUACGAUCCCGUGAGAAAGAUGAGAAGGAAAGUUGCCGGGCUCAGGAGCAUGGUAUACUGCAGCUGCAGACACUUAUAAGAGCCUCCAAGGCGAGAGCCCACGUGCAAUAUCUUCAAAGCCAAAUGCGCAAGGAAGAAUCGGAGAUUAAAGAGAUACAAGCUGCCAUCCGCGGAGCCUUGCAACGCAAGUCUGUUAGCGCUCUUUACUGCCACACCAGAGACGCAGAGGAUCACGUUCGGUUGUUACAGGCUGCCAUCCGCGGAGCGUUGCAACGCAAGAAUGUAAGCGCUCUGUAUUACGAUACCAGGGGUGCGGAAGACCAAGUUCGGUUAUUGCAGAGUGCCAUCCGCGGAGCGUUGCAACGUAAGAAUGUAAGCGCUCUUUAUUCCGAUAUCAGGGAUGCGGAAGACCAAGUUCGGUUACUGCAGAGUGCCAUCCGAGGUGGCCUGCUACGCCACAAGCUUUCAAGGCAAUGCGAAGAGACGAAAUCUGCUGAAGAUGCCAUUAGAGACCUCCAGUCUCUCAUUCGAGGCUCUUUCAUACGACGGCAGAUGAGUGUUCAAUAUGCCGAUAUGGACGGCGUUCAAGGAAAUGUGGAAUUGCUGCAGGCAGCGAUCCGAGGCUCGCUGGCUCGAAAUGCUUUAUCUCAAAUGAGAGACCUGCUUGCUCACGAGGUCCCUUCAAUUACAGCUAUCCAAUCAGGGGCGAGAGCCUUGGCAGUCAGAAAGCAGCAGUUACGGCUUGCAGAAGCCCUCGGAAAGGCAGAAGAGCGAUUUAUCACGUUGCAGGCCAUGGCUCGUGGCAACGCCGUAAGGGAACGGCUUGAUUGUCUGCGCGAGGAGUUGGUGGAGCAUGUAUCAUUGCUUAUCAGUCUUCAAAGCAUACUCCGAGGGAGAGCUACCCGGUCCUUCUUAGCCUCUCAACAGAAGGCACUGAGGGAUGAGGAAGUGCAAAUCCUUGAGUUGCAGUCGAUGGCUAGGGGUUCUCUUGUGAGAAGACGCCUGGAAGCUGAUGCUGAAGCACUGCAGGCAGAGGAACUUACUAUUAUCGACCUGCAGGCCCUCGCCCGAGCUGCCGUGCUGAGGAUUGAGGUUGGUGGUAUACUUGAGCAACUCGAUGACUGCGAGGAUGAAGUCAGUCAGCUACAGGCACACAUAAGAGCGAUGCUUGUUCGAGUAGAAGUCGGACAAUCAUUGGCCGAUCUCGCUGCCGAAGAAGAUGUUAUUACAGAUCUCCAGUCACAUUUACGAGGACACAUCAUACGAUCAAAAUUUGAGGAGAAGCGUCGAUACUACCGGAAAAACAUGGAGAAAGUUAUUAAGGCCCAAAGCUUUGUACGAGGUAGGAUUCAAGGCCAGGCAUACAAGAGUCUCACAAGUGGGAAAAAUCCACCCGUCGGAACAGUCAAAGGCUUUGUACAUCUGCUGAACGAUAGCGAAUUCGAUUUCGACGAAGAGAUUGAAUUUGAGCGGAUGAGGAAGCUGGUAGUUCAGCAAGUUCGUCAGAACGAGCUGGCAGAACAAUAUAUCAGCCAGCUUGACAUCAAGAUUGCUCUCCUGGUGAGAAACAAAAUUACACUCGAUGAGGUCAUCAAGCACCAGAAGCACUUCGGUGGCCAUGUUGGAAAUCUGUUGCCGAACAGAGAAAUCGCAUCAAAGGAUCCCUUCGAUCUGAAAGCCUUGAACAAAACAUCCAGAAGGAAACUUGAGCAGUAUCAAGUCUUCUUCUUCCUUCUCCAGACGCAAUCUCAGUACCUUGCCAAACUUUUCCGAAGGUUGCGUGAGCUUAAUACAUCAGAAAAGGAAUACGAGAAGACUCGACACUUGAUGAUGGGUCUCUUUGGGUAUUCACAAAAGAGGCGCGAGGAGUAUUACCUGAUCAAACUGCUGGCUCGCUCUGCACGUGAAGAAAUUGAGAGUUUUGACUCCCUCCACGAUUACCUACGUUGCAAUUCUUUCUGGACUAAGCUCUUCGCAUCUUACAUGAAGUCUCCACGUGACAGAAAGUUCAUGCGCGAUGUAUUGGGUACUGUUGUGAAAGAGAACGUUAUUAACAACCCGGAAUUGGACUUGGAAAGUGAUCCUAUACAGAUCUACCGCUCGGCCAUCAAUAACGAAGAGCUCCGCACAGGGAAACAGAGUCGUCGGCGCUUAGACAUACCGCGCGAAGAAGCUAUUAGGGACCCUGAGACAAGAGCAACCUUUAUCCAACACUUACAGGAUCUCCGCGACAUUGCCGAUCAGUUCUUCACUGCGUUCGAGGAAUUUCUAUACCGUAUGCCUUUUGGAAUUCGGUAUAUCGCGAAAGAGAUGUACGAAAGCCUCCUUUCGCGAUUUGCUGGAGAUGAUCCGGGCUUUAUCCUUCAGACGACUGGACAUUGGGUAUGGAAGAAUUACUUCCAGCCGGCGCUUGUUGAACCCGAAAGACAUGGCGUUGUUGAUCGCGGCCUGACACAGGAGCAAAAGCGAAACCUCUCUGAGAUCGCGAAAGUGAUUGCUCAGGUGGCAUCAGGGAGACUUUUCGGCGACAAAAAUGUCUAUCUUAAACCGUUGAAUAGCUACAUUGGUGAUUCGAUCCAACGCCUUGGCCACAUUUGGGGCGACAUGAUCUCCGUACAAGACGCUGAAGCGUAUUUUGAUAUUGAUGAAUUCAAUGAUCUCUAUGCUAAAACGAAACCGACAUUAUACAUCAAGUUAUCCGAUAUCUUCUCUAUUCAUCACCUUGUGGCAUCGGAAAUACAUUAUAUUUGCCCUAACGCCGAUGACAUUCUAAAGGAGGUUAUCCGCGAUCUUGGGAACGUUAAAUCCAAUGAAAAUGAAUUGAUGAGUGUGAACACCUCAGAGAUCAGCCUUACCCUGAACCCCAAGCUUGCACAGGUUGAAGAUCCGGAGGCUGAUGUGAAGGCAUUGUUUAUGGAAACAAAACGAUGCAUCCUCUAUAUCAUACGUGUUCAGUCAGGGGCUAACCUGAUGGAAAUUAUGGUCAAGCCCCCAACUGAGGAAGACGAAGAAAAGUGGAUGACACUGGUCCGGGACGAGCUAAGUGCGAACAACACGAGAAGGGGCGCGUACUCUGAGGCGCAUACAAUGGUGGAUAUUGCGUCCAUGACCUACUCGGAGCUGAAACGGACUGCACUCGAAAACAUCCUUCAGCUUGAACAAACUGGGAAGAUUCGUCGAGACAACCACUACCAGGAUUUGUUAAAUGCCAUUGCCAUCGAUAUCCGAACUAAGCAUCGUCGCAGAAUCCAGCGAGAGAGAGAACUGGAAAGUGCUCGUUCAACACUGGCCCGUCUCAAUGAUCAAGCCGCCUGGUUAGAGCAGCAGUUCAAGACAUACAACGACUAUAUUGAGCAGGCAAUGGUGACAUUGCAGAAUAAAAAGGGGAAGAAACGAUUCCUCCUGCCAUUUACGAAGCAGUGGGAUCACCAACGCGAGCUCCAGAAAUCAGGAAAGGUGUUCAAGUUUGGUUCCUACAAGUACUCCGCUCGUAACCUGGCGGACAAGGGUGUCUUAGUUCACUGGAAGGGCUAUACAGAACGCCAGUGGGACCGGGUCGACCUGACCAUUUCCAGCAACGAAGUUGGUGUGUUCACUAUUGAUGGCAGUAGUGGCCCAAUGAUGGUUCCUGGAGCGAACGCACAGGUGCCAUUGGAUGACUUGCUGCAAGCCCAGUUCAACAACAUGCAGUUUCUGGACUUCUUCGACGGGCAAUUACGAGUCAAUGUCAACCUCUUCCUGCAUUUGAUCAUGAGGAAAUUCUAUAACGAAUGAUCUUCAUGUGGGGUGCAGCUCUCAUUUCUGUUCUUUUUUUUUCUCUUCACUCUCGUUUCUCUCUCUCAAUCCGUUUUCUUUUUCUUUUUCUUUUUCUUUUUUUCUC